ACAGCUCAUGACCAAAACAUGAACUCGUCCAUUUAACCGAUUGAACUACUGCUAGUGAGGGGGGGGGAAAGAAUUUUUUCCUUUAACAUUGAUCUUUCUCUUUAGGUUUAAAAAAUAAUACAAGAAGAACGAACAUGUCUGAAAUCGGCCAAAACUCUGAUGAAGAAGUGUGUCCUGAGGACAUUGAUGAAGAUGAAAUCCUGGCAAACCUGUCCCCUGAGGAGCUAAAGGAGCUGCAGAGUGAGAUGGAAGUCAUGGCCCCAGACCCUGAAGUCCCAACUGGGAUGAUACAGAGGGAUCAGACGGAGAAACCCCCCACGGGAAGCUUCGACCACAGGUCCCUGGUUGACUACCUGUACUGGCAGAAGGCAUCCAGACGCAUGCUCGAGGAUGAAAGAGUUCCCGUCACUCUCCUGCCCUCUGAGAGAAGCGCUGCGGAGGAGGUGGAAGGAAGGGCCGGCGGCAGCGGUGAGGUGGCCGGCGGGAGGGGGCCAGCAGCAGAGGGAAAAGAGAGACGGUACCAAAAUGAGCACUUGUCCAACUCAGGAACACAGUUUGGGGGUGCAAAGAAAGAUGGAAGUGAUAAGGAGAGAGGGGAAGAGGAGGAAGAGGAAGAGGAGGAGGAAGAGGAGGAAAAGGAAGAUGAGCCUGAAUUGGAAACAAAGGAGACUUGCACCGAUGAGAACAGUCACAGCGAUCGGAUAAGUAAGAAACCAGGUACAGAAUCAGGAGAAAUCACACAAAAGCCAAAUAAAAAUGAAAAGAAAAUAUCAAAAUUAAACAUCCCCCAAAAGUUAGCAUUGGAUACCAGCUUCAUGAAGCUAAGUGCCAGGCCUUCAGGAAAUCAAACCAAUUUAGAAGACAGUUUGGAGAAAGUCCGAAAAAACAACCCAGACAUGAAGGAGCUCAACCUGAACAACAUAGAAAACAUCCCCAAAGAAAUGCUGAUAGACUUUGUCAAUGCUAUGAAAAAGAAUAAAAAUAUAAAAACGUUCAGCUUGGCCAAUGUAGGGGCUGACGACAACGUGGCGUUUGCGCUGGCCAACAUGCUGCGGGAGAACAGGAGCAUCACCACGCUGAACAUCGAUUCCAACUUCAUCUCUGGCAAAGGGAUCGUUGCUAUCAUGAGAUGCCUGCAGUACAACGAGACGCUGACGGAGCUCCGCUUUCACAACCAGCGGAGCAUGCUGGGCCACCAGGCAGAAAUGGAGAUCGCCAGGCUGCUGAAAGCCAAUGCCACCCUCCUUAAAAUGGGCUAUCACUUUGAAUUGCCGGGGCCCAGGAUGGUGGUGACCAACCUGCUCAGCAGAAACCUGGACAAGCAGAGGCAAAAGAGGCAAGAGGAGCAACGGCAGCAGCAAAUGAAAGAGCAGAGAGAGUUGAUAGCGAUGCUGGAAAAUGGACUUGGGUUGCCUCCAGGGAUGUGGGAAAUGCUGGGGGGACCGCUGCCCCAGCUGGGGAUGCACGAACCCCCGCAAGCCCCCAAACCUCCCGUCCCCACAGCUGUGUCUCUGAGCAAAAGGCAGGAGAGCGCGAGGCAGCCAGCCCCUGAGCAGCCGUGCACAGAGAAGCCCGUCAGCUUCAAAGUGGUCAAGCUGAAGAAGAUUCAGCGCAAACCUGCUGUGCCGGAGUACGUUGAACCUGCUGAGAAAACCAACCUCAGAGAUGUCAUCAAAACACUUAAACCCGUUCCCAGGAGAAGGCCACCUCCCCUGGUUGAAAUAACCCCAAGAGAUCAGCUACUAAAUGACAUUCGUCAGAGUAACGUCGCUUAUCUUAAACCGGUGCCAUUGCCAAAGCAGCUGGAGUGAGAGACCAGACUGACCCGGAUAAAACAACUUGGAAUAAAGACUAUUCAAGUUUUGCUUACAACUGUUUCAGCAGAUGUUUUCUGCAGAACCCAGGUGGUAUAUACGACUCUUUGGGAACAAAGCUUGCAAUACACACUUUUGUAAGUGUGGUGAAAAUGGCUGGCAUGGGAAAAGUCAGUGCUAAGUGUUUCCAUCAGGUAUCAAACAAUCCCGCUGCCAUCUGUCUGCCAAGUGGAUUUGAGGCUCCAGUUUGUUGUGGGAGUAUUUUCUCAGAGGCAUCAAUAACCUUGUCUUUCUAUUUGUCAGCAAACUGUUCUGCUUCCACGUUGUCCUUCUGCUGCCAGAUUCUGCAGGAACAUGCUGUGCUUUAUCUUAUCUUUCUUUUCACACACAUGCUCCCUUAUUCUUCUCUUGUCCAUGAGAAAUGUAUUUGGUUUCCAUGUACACAGCUUCAUUUUUUAGGCUAAGGAAACAGAAAUAAAAUAAAGCUCUCUCGUUAAGUUGUGUGCAGCACUUCCAUGGCUAACAAGAUGCUCACCGAACAGAACAGCUGCUCUGGUACAUCAAACGCCUUGGCUUGAUGGUUUCAAACUACCUCUGUUUCAGAACAUAGUCAAGUUGGUAUUGUACCUGAUCAGCAUAUAAAUGAUAUCUUUCCCCAAGAUUCAUCUCUCUCCAUGAUGUAUUCCUUAAUUACAGUGACCUUGGAGCUCACUGAAAUGUUGUUUCGGGUCUCUCUCCACACUGUUCAUGUGGCAGGAGGAUAAGCCUUCCCCCUCUCUCUGCCAGAGGUUUAAGAAACGCAUCAUUCGUCCUAGUACGGGGUGUGAAGAGCAUGUCUCACCUCUAAAAGGGCUGGGUGGGGUUAAACCUGCAUAUACACAACUUCAGUUCUUCCUUGAUUUUUGUGAAAUUGUUUUCCUUCCCUUUUAAUCACAUCAGAUAUUUUGCUGCAAACUUUUUUUAUAAAGCAGCUACAGGUAAGUCACCUUCUUGUGGAACACAUCCAUGAGAGACCACUUUGUUUUGGGGUUUUGUUUGGUUUUUACAGCUAAAGGCACAGGGAAAGAACAAAGCCUUUCUCUUUGCUAACAUGCAGCUGCCCUGCCUUCCAGUGGUUGAUACACAUGCUCAAAAGGCACAUCUUUGCAGCUCCCAGCAGGAUUUCUUUCAGGUGAGUUGCUCCUGCCUGUAACUCUUAGCAACCUUCCCCUGGCAGCUAAAUCCCAGUCCUACCCUGCUCCCCCAUCCCAUGUUUAUUACAAUAGUCCUGUAGUAUCAGCAAUGUCUGGGACCUCUUUGAAUGCAAGGUGGACUCCACUAUCGUUAGUUCAAAUUUUCAUUUGUCCUUGCCCUUUCUGUGUCUAUUACUUGGUUUCUUUCAAAUCUCCCAUCUUCCAAACUUGUAAAGCUCCUUCUCGGCUCUGCUUGUCUGCAGCUGUAACAUCGCAACUGUAACAACCUGGGAAACCUGGUUGAUGUAUUGUCUAACACAUAGCAAGUAAGUUUUUCAGUAUCCCAUAAGGGGGAGGGGAGAGUCAUUAAAAGGGAAGUAACAUUUCCGUUGCACCUGUUUCAUACAGCCCUGUCUCUUCGUAAAGGAUAAACGCAGGAAAGAGAAGGAACUUGGUACUUCCAUCCAAGCCCUCGCAUGGAGAACAGCAGCAAAUGACAAGUGCAAUAAGCAACUCUCCUCUCCCCGAGAGCUCUUUGAGCACACUGCUCUACACUGGGUUCAAGGCCAGGCUAGUGCAGCUGGGACACGGAAGGACAAAGGAAAGUAUAAUACAGUGCUUUAUAAUCUCCAACUCAAGCUGCCAGGCGCAAACUACCGCUACAGCAGAAGCAGCCAAAGCAGCAGUGCUGCCGCAGCUGCCAGGUACUCCCAGGGAAUAUACAGCAGGACCUGUGAAGCCCUGCUCUGAUCCGCGUGCUCCCACCCAGCAGCCUCUUGAGCCAUUGCAGGAGGAGGGAGGCAGCUCAGUAAGAGAUCACACCAGUAGUUUGACUGCAGCAGAGCUGGCUUCCUAGUACUGCUCAAGGCACAGCUCCCAGUAAUCCUAGAAGCAGAAAUCCCUCUCAGGUAAUUAAAAGAAAUGAAAAAUCCCUGUUAAGUAAAGUUAUAUAAGAGACGGAAAGAGCAUGAGCAAAUGCCUUAAGUACUACUCCUCUGUAAGGAGCAAGAGCAAGGCUGUAAUAUUCCUGCAGCUCAGAGGUCCCUCGUGCCUCAACAAAGUCAAUUCAGACACUUCAGCGCUCAAAGCGAGCAGCUUAAUCUCAAGCAUGGGCUUGCAGCAGGGUGACAACAGGUCUCCCACCGCCACUCCAGGGAUUUCCACCAACCGUACAAACAGAGACCAGCUCAAGCUUCCAACCCCUUUCCCCAACCUGAAAUAAAUGCGCUCAGUAAUCACCAUUAGAAUUUAUUUUUAACUGUGCAGUUUUUAAAAUUCUACAGUAAUGAUGAAGUCAUAAGCUACUACGUUCUUUAAGUGUGGAAACAGUUUUCAAAAAAGACCAUGCGCUACAAGUGAGGAACAGCCCAUUGACUCUUCAGCUGGAAUAUACAAACAUUUUCAAUAAAUACUGAUCACUUUAACACUUAAUGGAAUGACAUGUUCAGAUUUCUACAGAGUUCACUAUGGAAACAGCAUGGUAAGUUACAUAAAAGCUUCAACUUUAAGGAUCCUUGCCUUUUUGUUCAACUAAUUACUUUGUUAGAAAAGAGAAAUGCAAGAACAUUUGAAAUGGAGUGUCACCUGGACAACUUCUUCCCUCCCUGUUGUUGGUAAGCUCCUGUUAUCAAGAUUAUUCCAUCAGAGCCAGCAGUUAAGUUAAAAUAUAUAUAUAUAAAAGAAUCCCCCACACCACUUUUGGUUGUUACAGGCAAAUAUCUUCAUGAAUUUGAAAUGGAUUUUCAAGAAC